CUGGAGGCAGCACGUGGCAGAAGUUUCGUAACUUACAUAAAAGACGCCGCCCAAAUUUAUUCAACAGGACAACUUAGAAGAUCAAUAUGCAGUUCUUGUUGCUCGGAAGCUUGUGCGUGGUCAGUCUGGCGGUGCUGGCAACUGCCAAUUAUCCCAUGGGUGGCUACGGCGGUGGUGGUGGCUACGGCGGUGGUGUUGGAAAUUACGGGUACGGUAUGUACGGAGGAGGCGGGGGCUAUGGAGGAGGCGGAGGAGGCGGUGGAGGAUUCCAAGGCAUUUUCGGCAUCAUCAUCUUCCUGUUUGUUUUCAUCAUCAUCAUCAACCUCCUGUUCGGCGGUGGUCUUGGCGGUGGUAUUGGAGGUGGCGGUGGUAAAGGAGGAUCCAGCUAUGGAGGCGGAGGCGGAGGCUCCAGCUAUGGAGGCGGAGGCGGAGGCUCCAGCUAUGGAGGCUCCAAAAACGGAGGUGGCUCCAGCUAUGGUGGAGGUUCCAGUCACGGAAGCGGCUCCGGCUAUGGUGGAAGUGGAGACGUUUGGUCUGACAGCUACAGAAAGUAGACAACUAGAUUCUAAUGACCACACAAGGAAAAGACACAGCUAUUCAUUUGGACUUCGACGGGUUUUUAUUUCAGAGCAACUACGACUUCAAUCGAAUUGCAACAUGAAGAAUCAACCUGCUAGUACUUUGUACUAUUUUGUAUAUUGUAGUAUAAAUAAACAACGCAUCCUA